UGAACCUCGUCGCUUUCCGUACCUGGAAUGGGCGUGCAUUGAACAUCCCGCACAGUUUGUCAGGAUUUAUAUCUGUAAUUUUUGUAACCACAGUUACUUUUAUUUCGUGUACACGCCGUUUGUAUAUCACCACAAUCUAGGCCGACUUCUUGCUAUUUGUAUAUGUUAAAUAACUGUCGUCGUUUCGUCAUUCUUUGCUUUAUGCUAAGUAAAAAAUGCUAAUCACAGUUAGCUAAGUGGUCUGUUUGAGUGUUACUAAUAGCAGAACAAAAGCUAGCAUUCGUGUCUGCUACAAAAAAAAAGUGUUUAUCAGGUUAAAUGUUAGAGAAAAUGGCCUUAACAGAAACUGACAAUGGGAGUUCCGGCGGUGAUGGAGGAGAGUCGGACAUCAUUGUUAAAACUUGUGUCUUGGGGGGCUUCAGUGAGAGCGAUGAGACCAGGGCUCUGAUCUCCAGCCUGCCGGAGGUCCAGGGGGACAUGGUGUCAACAGAGUCCGUUACACAGAGAUUUUUGGUGAUAAUGAACAGAUACCAAGAGCAGCCUCAUCUCUUAGACCCACAUCUUGACUGGAUGUUCAACAUGAUACUGGAAACGAUAAGGAAUGAAAAGUCUCCCCCAUCAUUGGUUCAUUUGAGCUUCAAAUUUCUCUACAUAAUCUGUAAGGUGAGAGGAUAUAAAAUCUUCAUGCAGCUUUUUCCUCAUGAAGUGGCUGAUGUCCAGCCUGUUCUGGACCUGCUGUCCAGGCAGGACCCUAAAGACACUGAGACUUGGGAAACCCGCUACAUGCUGUUGUUGUGGCUGUCUAUGACUUGCCUCAUCCCUUUUGACCUUUCUCGACUGGACGGUCAUCUGGAAUCUGAUGGUGGCAAAUCCAGAGAGCCCAUCAUGGAUCGCAUUUUAGCCAUUGCCAAAUCUUAUCUGGUUGUGAGUGAUUGUUCCAGAGAUGCUGCAUCUGUACUUGUAUCAAAGUUCAUGACACGCCCUGAUGUGAAACAGAAGCGCCUUGGAGACUUUCUGGACUGGAGCCUCAUGACAAUAACCCAGACCAAUGACCAGUCUAUGACAGACAUAAUGGUGCUAGAUGGUGCCCUGCAGUCUCUGGCAAAACUUUAUAAACAUGGAAAAAGAGAAGACCUCCUUCAGUACGCUCCUACAGUUCUGCAGUGCCUUGAGAAGAAGCAUUUAUCAGACAGCAGCCAGGCCAUGCUGAGGAAGCUGGGUGUCAAGCUAAUUCAGAGGCUUGGCCUUACAUUUCUAAAGCCUCGUUUGGCUGCAUGGAGGUAUCAGAGGGGAAGCCGCUCCCUUGCAGCUAACCUGUCCAUGUCCCAGACGACUGCAGUCACUGCUGCUGUGAGUCCUGAUGUAGAGACGCGAGAACAGGAGGAGGACUACGACAUUCCUGAGGAAGUGGAAACUGUUAUAGAGCAUCUGCUGGUGGGACUGAAAGACAAGGAGACUAUUGUGCGUUGGUCUGCAGCAAAGGGCAUAGGGAGGGUGACUGGAAGGCUUCCCAAGGAGCUGGCAGAUGAGGUGGUUGGAUCAGUGCUGGACUGCUUCAGCUUCCAGGAAACAGACAAUGCUUGGCAUGGAGGCUGCCUGGCUCUUGCAGAACUCGGUAGGAGAGGCCUCCUGCUGCCUUCCAGGCUCACAGAUGUUGUGCCGCUCAUCAUCAAAUCCCUGACUUAUGAGGAAAAAAGGGGAGCAUGCAGCGUCGGGUCCAACGUGCGUGAUGCCGCCUGUUACGUGUGCUGGUCGUUCGCCAGAGCGUACGAACCCAAGGAGCUGCAGCCUUUUGUCUCCCAGAUCGCCAGUGCUUUGCUGAUCACAGCUGUGUUUGAUCGAAAUGUCAAUUGCCGCAGAGCUGCCUCUGCUGCUUUCCAGGAGAAUGUGGGCAGGCAGGGGACAUUUCCUCAUGGUAUUGACAUCUUAACUACAGCUGACUACUACGCUGUUGGGAAUCUCAGCAACUGCUAUCUAAACAUUAGUGUUUAUAUUGCCAGUUUCCCAGAGUACACCAAAGCCAUGAUUGACCAUUUGGUUGAAAUGAAGAUCAACCACUGGGACGGCGUUAUCCGAGAACUCUCCACCAAGGCGCUCCACAACCUGACGCCUCAAGCACCUGAUUACAUGGCAACAACAGUACUGCCACGACUCUUGCCCAUGGCGGUGGGUAUGGACCUCCUCGGUCGCCACGGAGCCAUCUUGGCGUGUGCAGAGAUCACACACGCUCUGUACAAACUGGGCCUUCAGACCAACAAGACUGUAGUGGAUAUCAUUUCUUCAGAGUGUGUGGAUGGAUUAAAAAACAUUCACCAGAUGCUACACGACAGAAAACAGUACAGAGGUUUUGGUGGAGAGCUAAUGAGGCCAGCAGUGUGUGGUCUUAUUGAAAAGCUGUCUCUGUCCAAACUACCUUUUAAAAACGACCCUGUAAUCACUGGUUGGCAGUGGCUCAUUGAUGACACCAUUAAGACCCUUCACCUGGUCUCCAGUGGAGCAAAAGAUGGAAUUAUGACCGCCGUUGUUUCAGCCUUGUCUGCGUUGUGUGAGGAGUACUACCAGAUCCAACCGGGCCAGGCCGACCCACAAAUGCAGGAUGUCCUCGUGUCCCAGUACACUGAAGGGCUGAACAGUCCACAGAUGCUCACACGCUGUGGAUCUGCCCUCGCUCUCGGAUCUUUGCCAAGAUUUGUGAUCCAUAGCAAAAUGAAGCAGAUCCUGGAAGGCCUCCAGCAGAUGUGCACUGUUAGCCAGAAGGAAGGAAGUUUUCCUGAAGCGAGGAGAGAUGCAGUCAGAGCAAUUGCUCAAGUGUGUGUGACCGCUGGCGUUGACACCCACGGAUCCCCAGACUCUGUUCUUUGCUCCGAAAAUGUAUCCGAAGUUUACGGCACGUUGCUCGACAGCAUGAAUGACUACACAACCGACAGCCGAGGGGACGUGGGCGCCUGGGUGAGAGAGGCGGCGAUGACAAGUCUGAUGGACGUGACUCUGCUGGUGGCCGCCAGCAACCCGGAAAUCCUCUCACCAAACCUGGUUAAGUGUAUGAUGUGCUGCCUGGUCCAGCAGGCGGCAGAGAAGAUCGACCGAUACCGAGCACACGCUGGAAACAUCUUCCUUCGCCUCCUGCACAGCACAGAGCCUGCGGUACCUCACAUCCCUCACCGGGAGGAGCUGUUGAGCAUUUUUCCACCUGAGACCACAGCCAGUCUGAACUGGAACGCUCCAUCCCAGGCUUUCCAGUACAUCACCCAGCUGCUGGGACUGACUCAGUAUCAGUACCACACCCUGCUGGGGCUCACUGUGUCUGUGGGAGGGAUCACCGAGUCCACGGUGCAUUUUUCCUCCCAGUCAUUGUUUGAUCAUCUGAAAGGGAUCCAGCACAACAGUGUCGCUCUGACGCAGUUUGGCGAUACGCUGCUGAGCAUUUUCAGAGACAAUCUACGCAAUGACAGGGUUGCUAUUCCUUUCCUUAAGAUGCUAAACCAGAUGCUUGCUAACAGCUGCUUUGAAAUUUUCACCACACAAGAGAAUCAUCAGUUCUGUGUAGAUCUUCUGACUCUUUGCAAAGAGAUCAAGAAGUCCAAAGAUAUCUCCAAGCUCCGUGCAUGUAUAUCUGUGUUUUGUGGCCUAAUCCAAUUCCAGGGUAAUGUGAGAAAGAAGGUUUUGUCCCAGCUGCUGAUGCUACUCUGCCAUUCCUUCCCUGUGAUCAGAAAGACCACGGCGAGUCAGAUGUACGAAAUGGUGCUGACGUACGAUGAUGUUAUCGACCCAGAGGUGUUGGACGACGCCAUGACCAUACUUAGUGACACUAACUGGGAGGAUGACAUCCCCACAGUGCGGACCCACAGAAACCAGCUGGCGGAUUUGCUGCAGGUCCCAAGGCCACAGGUGAUCGCCAAGAGCCCUGUAAACUGAUCAGCAGACGUUAAGUGAACAUCAACCUGGAAAAAUAAGAAUGAACUGCAUCACCGCAUCACGUGGUUUGUCCAUCUGUGAAAAAAAAACAUAA